ACACACAUUAACAGCAUCCACCUGAACCCGAACCCCAUAAACAUGUUAUACCUCACAUGUUCCUAGUAAACCAGUCAUGGAGCCUUAAGAAGUGUUUAAUACUUGACCAAGAUCCCAAAGCACUUCAAACAUGACCGGAAACAAGUGAUUAACGUGUUUUUAGCAAACAUGAAGUCACCCCCAGAAUGGGCCAUUACUCAGUGGAGUGCACGGGCUGUGGGUAUAAAUGGGAAGGUUCCAGCAGAGCUCCACACUCGGCGUGGCUGGUUCCUCCUGCCCUGCCCACACCAGGCACGAAGAACCCUCAGCACCAUGAGGGGCACAGCGCUGGCACUGGCCUGUCUAACUCUCCUGACUGUGGCACAGGGAGGACAAGGGGAAGGAAACACUGUGAGGCUCUGUGGGAGAGACUUUGUCAGAGCUGUCGUGUUCACCUGUGGCGGCUCGCGCUGGAAGAGGCAUCUGACUGAUCAUCGCUACCUCUUGGAGAGUGAAAACCCCCAGCCUUUCCCACACAACGGUGACGCCGACUCCUCAGCCUACACAGACCAGAGACUGGGGACUGACCGCGAAGAAACCCACGAGGUCAAGUCCAAGCCAGAGCAAGACUUGCACCACAUCAGCAAAAUGUCUGUGCUAAGCAAGCGGGAGGCAGCCAACCUGCUCACCACAUCCUGCUGCAACGUGGGCUGCAGCAGGAGGGAGAUCAGCGCCCUGUGCUGAAACGGGGCUGCUGAGGCUCAAUAUCACAGCUUCCAUAGAUUAAAAUAAUCAUGACA